UUGUUCCCCCACAGACUGCAUUGCAUUGCAUUGCAUAUCAUCCCAUCCCAAGUACAUUCUUGUCAUUUUCCCUUCUUUUCUCAUUUAAGCCCCCACUCCUCUCCUUUUUUUUCUCUGCUUUCAACUCUUCAAUCCCUUCAAUUCUUCUACUUGUCACAACACAAAUCACUUCCACAUUCAACUCUCUAAUGGAUCCACAACCAAAACCACCUUCACCACAACCUUUGAAAUAUCAGACAUGGUUCUUGAAAGUUUCUAUCCAUUGUGAAGGUUGCAAAAAGAAAGUAAAGAAAGUUUUGAAGCGCAUUGAUGGUGUUUUCACUGCAACAAUUGAUUCACAACAACAAAAAGUAACAGUAACUGGAAAUGUUGCUGUUGAGACCCUUUUAAGGAAGUUAGUUAAAGCCGGAAAACAUGCAGAGAUUUGGCCGGAGAAUAUCGACGGGAAGGGAAAAAGCUCCGGCGAAGAGAAGAAGAAGAAGAAGGAUAAGAAUGAACCAAAAGAACCACAAAGCUUGCAAAACAAGGGAACUGAAAGUGGUGCUAAAAAGUGUGAAAAUGUUGGCAAAAACAAGAACAAAAAAUCAAAUUCCGGUACCGGAGAGUCGCCGGAAAAGUCACCCGCCGGCAACCAUGUUGCUCCAGUGAGUGGUGGUGGAGGUGGUUCUGAUAAGAAGAAAAAAAAGAAAGAUGGGUGUGGUGGUGGAAAUGGAAGUGAUGGUUUGACUACAGUAGCUAAGAGUGGACCAGCACACACUGGAUUCCAAUUUCAGAAUCUUGGUCAGUGUAUGGCCCACCAAGUGAAUCUCAGCCCUACACGUCAGCAAUCAUUCUUGCAUUCAUCAGAAACAGGGUACCCUCCAAUGGUUUCUGUGUCAUCAGCUUACAAUAGAUUAUAUCCUAUGGGAAGAGUUGGUGAUCCUUCUUAUUAUGUUCCAUCUCCACACUACACGUGUCCUCCUAGUUGCCUAGUAGAUCAAUAUCAAUAUGGUACUUAUCAACUUCAAUCAGGGCCGUUGGUUCCUUUUGAGUAUUUUAGUGAUGAGAAUGCUAAUGGGUGUUCCAUUAUGUGAGGUUUGUGAAGAAAUGUAGCACUUUUGUUUUGGUUUUAUGUAGUUUUGGAAUGAUAGGUUUUAAGGGCUGUUUUUGUAAGACAUUACAUUGUUCUCUCCUUGGUCUUGUAAGCCUUUAGGGGUGUUUUGGUACUUUUGGCAUCUCAAAGCUGAAAUGCUAAGUUUUAGCUUUGUUUUUGUUAUGGAUGGAUGGAUUAAUAUUAAAUCAUGGACUAAAUGUGGUACUUUCA